CUCCAUGCAACUACAUGCUCUCUGGUUAUAUUUAGUAUUUUCGAUGCUUUCGAAUCUAAAUCAACUCUACUUAAUUCUACUCUAAGAGUUUGUACACCAAAGGAGCAAGUUAUAUUAGAAAAAAAGUGCUCCAAAUGUGUGAACGUCUUGAUGUAUUUAACAUGGGAAUAUCCAAGAGUUUAAGUUACUAUAGCAAUUGCAAGAAAUAUUAGUGAAGUUUGUGAAAAAAUUACAAAUGAUUGCAAAGUUGUUUUGGCAAAAUUGAAUGCGAAGAGGGUCAUAAACAGAAGGAAAUUUAUCAGAGAACAUGCGAAGAACUAGAUUUCACUAACUACGACCUGAUGAGCUGUAUCCCAAAAUUUUUUGAAACUUAUUUAAAAAAUCAUGGAUAUUUUAGAAAAUUUCUCCCGUUUCA